AGCUAAUAAAUUCUGGAAUAUGACAGAAGCAUUUAAACAUCAUUAUCAUGGGACUUUCAGUCUGAGAUAUUAGUUUGAGCUCAACCAUCAAACUAGCAGGUCAUAAAGUAACCAACAGGACUGGGAGAUAUUUUUUGAAAACGAUCAACAUGCUUAGAACUUCAUUAAUCACCAUUUUUUUAUCAGUUCUGAUUAUGCUAAUCAUGACCACCACAGCCCAAACCAGUGUUACAAAUACUGCUAGUGUAACUAGUGUUACUUAUGGCUCAACAAAAACAUCUGCAAAUCAACAAGCUGGUAUAUCCCUAACAACAGAAUCCAAAACUGAAGUUACAGCUGGAUCCACGUUGCAAAAAUCAACUACAGAUUUGACUGAUGCUUCAACAACUGCAGAUGAAUCAACAACUACUGGAACUACUCAACAAGCAGGUACAUCCAUAACAACAGCAUUCAGUAAUGAAGUUACAACUGGAUCCACGUUGCAAAAAUCAACUACAGAUUUGACUGAUGCUUCAACAACUGCAGAUGAAUCAACAACUAUUGGAACUACUCAACAAGCAGGUACAUCCAUACCAACAGAAUUCAGUACUGAAGUUACAGCUGGAUCCACGUUGCAAAAAUCAACUACAGAUUUGACUGAUGCAUCAACAACAAUUGCUGGACCUGAAUCAACAACUGAAUUGACAUCAGUAGCAUGUCCCAGUGUUACUUCUAAAGAAUUAACAACAUUUGAAGGGACUACAGUGCAACAUUCAACAGUACAAACUGAAUCAACAACUACUGGAACUACUCAACCGUUAGCUACAUUAUCAAUCACAGCAGAAUCCACCACUCAAGUUACAGCUGGAUCAACCUUAGAAGAACCAACUACAGAUUUGACUGAUGCACCAACAACUGCAGCAGAAUCAACACCUAUUGGAACUACUCAACAGUCAGCUACAUCAUCCAUCACAACAGAAUCCACCACUCAAGUUACAGCUGGAUCAACCUUAGAAGAAUCAACCACAGAUUUGACUGAUACACCAACAACUGCAGCUGAAUCAACAACUAUUGGAACUACCACAGAUUUGACUAAUGCACCAACAACUGCAGCUGAAUCAACAACUAUUGGAACUACUGCACAGUCAGCUACAUCAUCCAUCACAACAGAAUCCACCACUCAAGUUACAGCUGGAUCAACCUUAGAAAAAUCAACCACAGAUUUGACUGAUGCACCAACAACUGCAGCCGAAUCAACAACUAUUGGAACUACUGCACAGUCAGCUACAUCAUCCAUCACAACAGAAUCUACCACUCAAGUUACAACUAGAUCAACCUUAGAAGAAUCAACGACAGAUUUGACAGAUGCACCAACAACUGCAGCUGAAUCAACAACUACUGGAACUACUGCACAGUCAGCUACAUCAUCCAUCACAACAGAAUCCACCACUCAAGUUACAGCUGGAUCGACCUUAGAAAAAUCAACCACAGAUUUGACUGAUGCACCAACAACUGCAGCAGAAUCAAUAACUAUUGGAACUACUGCACAGUCAGCUACAUCAUCCAUCACAACAGAAUCCACCACUCAAGUUACAACUAGAUCAACCUUAGAAAAAUCAACCACAGAUUUGGCUGAUGCACCAACAACUGCAGCAGAAUCAAUAACUAUUGGAACUACUGCACAGUCAGCUACAUCAUCCAUCACAACAGAAUCCACCACUCAAGUUACAACUAGAUCAACCUUAGAAGAAUCAACCACAGAUUUGACUAAUGCACCAACAACUGCAGCUGAAUCAACAACUAUUGGAACUACCACAUUUUUGACUGAUGCACCAACAACUGCAGCUGAAUCAACAACUAUUGGAACUACUGCAGAGUCAGCUACAUCAUCCAUCACAACAGAAUCCACUACUCAAGUUACAGCUGAAUCAACCUUAGAAGAAUCAACCACAGAUUUGACAGAUGCACCAACCACUGCAGCUGAAUCAACAACUAUUGGAACUACUGCACAGUCAGCUACAUCAUCCAUCACAACAGAAUCCACCACUCAAGAUACAGCUGGGUCAACCUUAGAAGAAUCAACCACAGAUUUGACAGAUGCACCAACAACUGCAGCUGAAUCAACAACUAUUGGAACUACUGCACAGUCAGCUACAUCAUCCAUCACAACAGAAUUCACCACUCAAGUUACAGCUAGAUCAACCUUAGAAAAAUCAACCACAGAUUUGACUGAUGCACCAACAACUGCAGCAGAAUCAACAACUAUUGGAACUACUGCACAGUCAGCUACAUCAUCCAUCACAACAGAAUCCACCACUCAAGUUACAACUAGAUCAACCUUAGAAGAAUCAACGACAGAUUUGACAGAUGCACCAACAACUGCAGCUGAAUCAACAACUAUUGGAACUACUGCACAGUCAGCUACAUCAUCCAUCACAACAGAAUCCACCACUCAAGUUACAGCUGGAUCGACCUUAGAAGAAUCAACCACAGAUUUGACAGAUACACCAACAACUGCAGCUGAAUCAACAACUAUUGGAACUACUGCACAGUCAGCUACAUCAUCCAUCACAACAGAAUUCACGACUCAAGUUACAGCUGGAUCAACCUUAGAAGAAUCAACCACAGAUUUGACUGAUACACUAACAACUGCAGCUGAAUCAACAACUAUUGGAACUACCACAUAUUUGACUGAUGCACCAACAACUGCAGCUGAAUCAACAACUAUUGGAACUACUGCACAGUCAGCUACAUCAUCCAUCACAACAGAAUCCACCACUCAAGUUACAACUAGAUCAACCUUAGAAGAAUCAACCACAGAUUUGACUGAUGCACCAACAACUGCAGCUGAAUCAACAACUAUUGGAACUACCACAUAUUUGACUGAUGCACCAACAACUGCAGCUGAAUCAACAACUAUUGGAACUACUGCACAGUCAGCUACAUCAUCCAUCACAACAGAAUCCACCACUCAAGUUACAGCUGGAUCAACCUUAGAAGAAUCAACCACAGAUUUGACAGAUACACCAACAACUGCAGCUGAAUCAACAACUAUUGGAACUACUGCACAGUCAGCUACAUCAUCCAUCACAACAGAAUCCACCACUCAAGUUACAACUAGAUCAACCUUAGAAGAAUCAACCACAGAUUUGACUGAUGCACCAACAACUGCAGCUGAAUCAACAACUAUUGGAACUACCACAUAUUUGACUGAUGCACCAACAACUGCAGCUGAAUCAACAACUAUUGGAACUACUGCACAGUCAGCUACAUCAUCCAUCACAACAGAAUCCACCACUCAAGUUACAACUAGAUCAACCUUAGAAGAAUCAACCACAGAUUUGACUGAUGCACCAACAACUGCAGCUGAAUCAACAACUAUUGGAACUACCACAUAUUUGACUGAUGCACCAACAACUGCAGCUGAAUCAACAACUAUUGGAACUACUGCACAGUCAGCUACAUCAUCCAUCACAACAGAAUCCACCACUCAAGUUACAGCUGGAUCAACCUUAGAAGAAUCAACCACAGAUUUGACAGAUACACCAACAACUGCAGCUGAAUCAACAACUAUUGGAACUACCGCAGAUUUGACUAAUGCACCAACAACUGCAGCUGAAUCAACAACUAUUGGAACUACUGCACAGUCAGCUACAUCAUCCAUCACAACAGAAUCCACCACUCAAGUUACAGCUGGAUCAACCUUAGAAGAAUCAACCACAGAUUUGACAGAUACACCAACAACUGCAGCUGAAUCAACAACUAUUGGAACUACCGCAGAUUUGACUAAUGCACCAACAACUGCAGCUGAAUCAACAACUAUUGGAACUACUGCACAGUCAGCUACAUCAUCCAUCACAACAGAAUCCACCACUCAAGUUACAGCUGGAUCAACCUUAGAAGAAUCAACCACAGAUUUGACAGAUACACCAACAACUGCAGCUGAAUCAACAACUAUUGGAACUACUGCAGAGUCAGCUACAUCAUCCAUCACAACAGAAUUCACCACUCAAGUUACAGCUGAAUCAACCUUAGAAGAAUCAACCACAGAUUUGACAGAUGCACCAACCACUGCAGCUGAAUCAACAACUAUUGGAACUACUGCACAGUCAGCUACAUCAUCCAUCACAACAGAAUCCACCACUCAAGAUACAGCUGGAUCAACCUUAGAAGAAUCAACCACAGAUUUGACAGAUGCACCAACAACUGCAGCUGAAUCAACAACUAUUGGAACUACUGCACAGUCAGCUACAUCAUCCAUCACAACAGAAUUCACCACUCAAGUUACAGCUAGAUCAACCUUAGAAAAAUCAACCACAGAUUUGACUGUUGCACCAACAACUGCAGCAGAAUCAACAACUAUUGGAACUACUGCACAGUCAGCUACAUCAUCCAUCACAACAGAAUCCACCACUCAAGUUACAACUAGAUCAACCUUAGAAGAAUCAACGACAGAUUUGACAGAUGCACCAACAACUGCAGCUGAAUCAACAACUAUUGGAACUACUGCACAGUCAGCUACAUCAUCCAUCACAACAGAAUCCACCACUCAAGUUACAGCUGGAUCGACCUUAGAAGAAUCAACCACAGAUUUGACAGAUACACCAACAACUGCAGCUGAAUCAACAACUAUUGGAACUAGUGCACAGUCAGCUACAUCAUCCAUCACAACAGAAUUCACGACUCAAGUUACAGCUAAAUCAACCUUAGAAAAAUCAACCACAGAUUUGACUGAUGCACCAACAACUGCAGCAGAAUCAACAACUAUUGGAACUACUGCACAGUCAGCUACAUCAUCCAUCACAACAGAAUCCACCACUCAAGUUACAACUAGAUCAACCUUAGAAGAAUCAACCACAGAUUUGACUGAUGCACCAACAACUGCAGCUGAAUCAACAACUAUUGGAACUACCACAUAUUUGACUGAUGCACCAACAACUGCAGCUGAAUCAACAACUAUUGGAACUACUACACAGUCAGCUACAUCAUCCAUCACAACAGAAUCCACCACUCAAGUUACAGCUGGAUCAACCUUAGAAGAAUCAACCACAGAUUUGACAGAUACACCAACAACUGCAGCUGAAUCAACAACUAUUGGAACUACCGCAGAUUUGACUAAUGCACCAACAACUGCAGCUGAAUCAACAACUAUUGGAACUACUGCACAGUCAGCUACAUCAUCCAUCACAACAGAAUCCACCACUCAAGUUACAGCUGGAUCAACCUUAGAAAAAUCAACCACAAAUUUGACUGAUGCACCAACAACUGCCGCAGAAUCAACAACUAUUGGAACUACUGCACAGUCAGCUACAUCAUCCAUCACAACAGAAUCCACCACUCAAGUUACAACUAGAUCAACCUUAGAAGAAUCAACAACGGAUUUGACAGAUGCACCAACAACUGCAGCUGAAUCAACAACUAUUGGAACUACUGCACAGUCAGCUACAUCAUCCAUCACAACAGAAUCCACCACUCAAGUUACAGCUGGAUCGACGUUAGAAGAAUCAACCACAGAUUUGACAGAUACACCAACAACUGCAGCUGAAUCAACAACUAUUGGAACUACUGCACAGUCAGCUACAUCAUCCAUCACAACAGAAUUCACCACUCAAGUUACAGCUAGAUCAACCUUAGAAGAAUCAACGACAAAUUUGACUGAUGCACCAACAACAGCAGCUGAAUCAACAACUAUUGGAACUACUGCACAGUCAGCUACAUCAUCCAUCACAACAGAAUCCACCACUCAAGUUACAGCUGGAUCAACCUUAGAAGAAUCAACGACAGAUUUGACAGAUGCACCAACAACUGCAGCUGAAUCAACAACUAUUGGAACUACUGCACAGUCAGCUACAUCAUCCAUCACAACAGAAUUCACGACUCAAGUUACAGCUAGAUCAACCUUAGAAAAAUCAACCACAGAUUGGACUGAUGCACCAACAACUGCAGCAGAAUCAACAACUAUUGGAACUAGCACAGAUUUGACUAAUGCACCAACAACUGCAGCUGAAUUAACAACUAUUGGAACUACUGCACAGUCAGCUACAUCAUCCAUCACAACAGAAUCCACCACUCAAGUUACAGCUGGAUCAACCUUAGAAGAAUCAACCACAGAUUUGACAGAUACACCAACAACUGCAGCUGAAUCAACAACUAUUGGAACUACCACAGAUUUGACUAAUGCACCAACAACUGCAGCUGAAUCAACAACUAUUGGAACUACUGCACAGUCAGCUACAUCAUCCAUCACAACAGAAUCCACCACUCAAGUUACAGCUGGAUCAACCUUAGAAGAAUCAACCACAGAUUUGACAGAUGCACCAACAACUGCAGCUGAAUCAACAACUAUUGGAACUACUGCACAGUCAGCUACAUCAUCCAACACAACAGAAUCCACCACUCAAGUUACAGCUGGAUCAACCUUAGAAGAAUCAACCACAGAUUUGACAGAUACACCAACAACUGCAGCUGAAUCAACAACUAUUGGAACUACCACAGAUUUGACAGAUGCACCAACAACUGCAGCUGAAUCAACAACUAUUGGAACUACUGCACAGUCAGCUACAUCAUCCAUCACAACAGAAUCCACCACUCAAGUUACAGCUGGAUCAACCUUAGAAAAAUCAACCACAAAUUUGACUGAUGCACCAACAACUGCAGCAGAAUCAACAACUAUUGGAACUACUGCACAGUCAGCUACAUCAUCCAUCACAACAGAAUCCACCACUCAAGUUACAACUAGAUCAACCUUAGAAGAAUCAACAACAGAUUUGACAGAUGCACCAACAACUGCAGCUGAAUCAACAACUAUUGGAACUACUGCACAGUCAGCUACAUCAUCCAUCACAACAGAAUCCACCACUCAAGUUACAGCUGGAUCGACCUCAGAAGAAUCAACCACAGAUUUGACAGAUACGCCCACAACUGCAGCUGAAUCAACAACUAUUGGAACUACUGCACAGUCAGCUACAUCAUCCAUCACAACAGAAUCCACCACUCAAGUUACAGCUGGAUCAACCUUAGAAGAAUCAACCACAGAUUUGACAGAUGCACCAACAACUGCAGCUGAAUCAACAACUAUUGGAACUACUGCACAGUCAGCUACAUCAUCCAUCACAACAGAAUCCACCACUCAAUUUACGCCUGGAUCAACCUUAGAAGAAUCAACCACAGAUUUGACAGAUGCACCAACAACUGCAGCUGAAUCAACAACUAUUGGAACUACUGCACAGUCAGCUACAUCAUCCAUCACAACAGAAUUCACCACUCAAGUUACAGCUGGAUCAACCUUAGAAGAAUCAACCACAGAUUUGACAGAUGCACCAACAACUGCAGCUGAAUCAACAACUAUUGGAACUACUGCACAGUCAGCUACAUCAUCCAUCACAACAGAAUCCACCACUCAAGUUACAGCUGGAUCAACCUUAGAAGAAUCAACCACAGAUUUGACAGAUGCACCAACAACUGCAGCUGAAUCAACAACUAUUGGAACUACUGCACAGUCAGCUACAUCAUCCAUCACAACAGAAUCCACCACUCAAGUUACAGCUGGAUCAACCUUAGAAGAAUCAACCACAGAUUUGACAGAUACACCAACAACUGCAGCUGAAUCAACAACUAUUGGAACUACCACAGAUUUGACUAAUGCACCAACAACUGCAGCUGAAUCAACAACUAUUGGAACUACUGCACAGUCAGCUACAUCAUCCAUCACAACAGAAUCCACCACUCAAGUUACGGCUGGAUCAACCUUAGAAGAAUCAACCACAGAUUUGACAGAUGCACCAACAACUGCAGCAGAAUCAACAACUAUUGGAACUACUGCACAGUCAGCUACAUCAUCCAUCACAACAGAAUCCACCACUCAAGUUACAGCUGGAUCAACCUUAGAAAAAUCAACCACAAAUUUGACUGAUGCACCAACAACUGCAGCAGAAUCAACAACUAUUGGAACUACUGCACAGUCAGCUACAUCAUCCAUCACAACAGAAUCCACCACUCAAGUUACAACUAGAUCAACCUUUGAAGAAUCAACAACAGAUUUGACAGAUGCACCAACAACUGCAGCUGAAUCAACAACUAUUGGAACUACUGCACAGUCAGCUACAUCAUCCAUCACAACAGAAUCCACCACUCAAGUUACAGCUGGAUCGACCUCAGAAGAAUCAACCACAGAUUUGACAGAUACACCCACAACUGCAGCUGAAUCAACAACUAUUGGAACUACUGCACAGUCAGCUACAUCAUCCAUCACAACAGAAUCCACCACUCAAGUUACAGCUGGAUCAACCUUAGAAGAAUCAACCACAGAUUUGACUGAUACACUAACAACUGCAGCUGAAUCAACAACUAUUGGAACUACCACAGAUUUGACUAAUGCACCAACAACUGCAGCUGAAUCAACAACUAUUGGAACUACCACAGAUUUGACUGAUAAACCAACAACUGCAGCUGAAUCAACAAAUAUUGGAACUACUGAACAGUUAGUUACAUUAUCCAUCACAACAGAAUCCACCACUAUAGUUACAGCUGGAUUGACCUUAGAAGCAUCAACCACAGAUUUGACUGAUACACCAACAACUGCAGCAGAAUCAACAACUAUUGGAACUACUGCACAGUCAGCUACAUCAUCCAUCACAAAAGAAUCCACCACUCAAGUUAAAGCUAGAUCAACCGUAGAAAAAUCAACCACAGAUUUGACUGAUGCACCAACAACUGCAGCAGAAUCAACAACUAUUGGAACUACUGCACAGUCAGCUACAUCAUCCAUCACAACAGAAUCUACCACUCAAGUUACAGCUGGAUCAACCUUAGAAGAAUCAACAACAGAUUUUACAGAUACACCAACAACUGCAGCAGAAUCAACAACUAUUGGAACUACUGCACAGUCAGCAACAUCAUCCAUUCCAACAGAAUCCACCACUCAAGUUACAACUGGAUCCACCUUAAAAGAAUCAACCACAGAUUUUACUGAUGCACCAACAACUGCAACAGAAUCAACAACUAUUGGAACUACUGCACAGUCAGCUACAUCAUCCAUCACAACAGAAUCCACCACUCAAGUUACAGCUGGAUCAACCUUAGAAGAAUCAACCACAGAUUUGACUGAUGCACCAACAACUGCAGCUGAAUCAACAACUAUUGGAACUACCACAUAUUUGACUAAUGCACCAACAACUGCAGCUGAAUCAACAACUAUUGGAACUACCACAGAUUUGACUAAUGCACCAACAACUGCAGCUGAAUCAACAACUAUUGGAACUACUGCAGAGUCAGCUACAUCAUCCAUCACAACAGAAUCCACCACUCAAGUUACAGCUGGAUCAACCUUAGAAGAAUCAACCACAGAUUUGACUGAUACACCAACAACUGCAGCUGAAUCAACAACUAUUGGAACUACCACAGAUUUGACUAAUGCACCAACAACUGCAGCUGAAUCAACAACUAUUGGAACUACUGCAGAGUCAGCUACAUCAUCCAUCACAACAGAAUCCACCACUCAAGUUACAGCUGGAUCGACGUUAGAAGAAUCAACCACAGAUUUGACAGAUACACCAACAACUGCAGCUGAAUCAACAACUAUUGGAACUACUGCACAGUCAGCUACAUCAUCCAUCACAACAGAAUUCACCACUCAAGUUACAGCUGGAUCGACGUUAGAAGAAUCAACCACAGAUUUGACAGAUACACCAACAACUGCAGCUGAAUCAACAACUAUUGGAACUACUGCACAGUCAGCUACAUCAUCCAUCACAACAGAAUCCACCACUCAAGUUACAGCUAGAUCAACCUUAGAAGAAUCAACUACAGAUUUGACUGAUGCUACAACAACUGCAGCAGAAUCAAUAACUAUUGGAACUGCUGCACAGUCAGCUACAUCAUCCAUCACAAAAGAAUCCACCACUCAAGUUACAGCUGGAUCAACCUUAGAAGAAUCAACCACAGAUUUGACAGAUACACCAACAACUGCAGCUGAAUCAACAACUAUUGGAACUACCACAUAUUUGACUGAUGCACCAACAACUGCAGCUGAAUCAGCAACUAUUGGAACUACUGAAAAGUCAGUUACAUCACCCAUCACAACAGAAUCCACCACUCAAGUUACAGCUGGAUCAACCUUAGGAGAAUCAACCAGAGAUGUGACUGAUGCACCAACAACUGCAGCUGAAUCAACAACUAUUGGAACUACUGAACAGUCAGUUACUUCAUCUAUCACAACACAAUCCACCACUCUAGUUACAGCUGGAUCAACCUUAGCAGAAUCAACCAGAGAUGUGACUGAUGCACCAACAACUGCAGUUGAAUCCGAAUCAACAUCUGAAUCAACAACAUCUCUCAGAAUACAAUCUAAAACACAACCACUAACAAGUGUACUGGAACUUACUACAACUACAACUAAUCCUACAUUGCAAACUACAACACCUAAAACAAUUACAACUGGGCAGUCUACAAAUACAGCCCAGCCAACAGCAACAACAUCAUCAACCAGAAGAUCUACAUCCCAACCAUUAACUACAGCUACAACCACUGCAACCCAGUCUACAACUUCAUCUACAUCCCCAGCUUCAAAAAUUACAACUCAGUCUACAACAACUGCAGACAAAACUUUAGCUAACACUACACUUACCAUUGUAGCACAGUCUGUAGCUACAUCACAACUUACAGCAACUGCCAUCCAAACAACAAAAAUUACAACUCAGUCUAAAGCUCACACUACAUUUACAAAUGUAGCACAGUCUCUAGCUACAUCACAACCUACAACAACUGCAAUCCAAACAACAUCAACCACAAGCCCACCUACAACUGCAACUCAGCCUGAAGCCUCAACCCAGCCAAAAGUAACAACGUCACCACCCAAAAGAUCUUCAUCCCAACCAUUAAUUACAACUACAAUCACUGCAACCCAGUCUACAACAUCCUCUAUAUCCCCCGUUUCAAAAAUUACAACUCACUUUACAACAACAACUGCACACCAAACUCUAUCCCACACUACACUUACAAAUGGAGCACAGUCUUUGGCUACAUCACAACUUACAGCAACUGGAAUCCAACCAAAAAUAUCAACCACAAGCCCAUCCACAACAACUACAACUCAGCCUAAUGCCUCAACCCAGCCAACAGUAGCAACAUCACCACCCAAAAGAUCUUCGCCCCAACCAUUAAGUACAACUACAACCACUGCAACCCAGUCUAGAACAGCCACUGCAAUUCCACAGAAAACUACCACACAACUCUUUACAACUACAACCAGUUCAGCACUUCAAACAAGCACACCCUUAACCACCAUUAUACCAGUCAGGAUUACCAGCAACCAAACUUUUGAUUCCGCACUGUUGGACUCCAAUUCAAUCACCUUUAUAGUUAGGGUACAAAGAGUCAAAGAUGAGUUUUCAAUUAUCUUAAGAAAAGCCGUCCCCUCCUUCUUAAAACUGAAAGACAUUCACUUCCGACCUGGAUCAAUUAUCAAUGAAAUGAAUGCAGAAUUCAGGAUGGAUGGCAACUUGCCGAGUGAUGAAGGAAUCAAAAAUAUCUUAAUUAAUAGCACCAAUACAUUUAAUAUCACAGCAGUAGAGGUCAGGACAACAGAUAAAAUUUCAACCACAGUCAAACCUACAACACACAAAUCAAGUACCAAAUCCAAUGCAGUCAAACCCAUCACCACAACAACCUCCAAGACAACCACCACCAGAAAAAAUACCACACUAACCCCAAGGACAACCACCACCAGAAAAAACACACCACCAACCCCAAGAACAACCACUGCCAGAAAAACCACCAGAACAAUCCCAAGGACAACCACCAUCAGAAAAAUUACCACACCAACCCCAAUAACAACCACGUCCAGAAAGACCACCAGAACAAUCCCAAGGACAACCAACAUAAGAAAAACCACCAGAACAAUCCCAAGGACAACCACCAUAAGAAAAACCACCACAAAAACCAGGAAAACCACCACAACAACCCCAAGGACCACCACAGCAACCACUACAACUGCAGCUCCAAAACGUCCUCCACCAGUUGUAGCAAUAGACAUGAUCAUUGUAGUAUUAUUUGUUCCAGCGCUUGAAAACUCACAAAGUGUGGAAUUUAAAAACCUAGCGGAACAGGUUCAAACUGAGUGUGACAAAGUCUAUCGAAAGAAGUAUGGACUUCUGUUUAUCAGGACCAUUGUGAUUGCUUUCAGAGGUGUUGCCAGAACUCGAGCAGAACAAAAUGUGGAGGCAGAGCUUGAAUUAGUGUUCAAUGAAACUUCCACUGAACCGAUCCCAGCCAACAGUGAUAUUGUAGAAACCCUAAAAGUCGCAGCUACAACUCCAAACUCUGGCUUUAACCUUACUGUUGUUGUUUCUUCGAUUAGUGUUGUCAGAGCACUACAGAUAAUUCCAGUAACAAUUUUGACCAAUGGCAGUUUUGUGGCUUCGCUCACAAAUUCAAGUUCAACUGAAUACCGUAACAGGGCAUCAAUGAUUAAAAUUGGACUUGAACCAUUUUUCACUGCUGAUUAUCCAACAGCCUUCACAGUUUUAUCUUUAACAAACUUCAGUGAUGCCAGUGUAAAAUUAAUCAGUGAGGCUACGAUUCGAAACACAAUGGAUCUUACUUUUGCAGCGAACAGCACUUUACCCAAUAGCACCCAGAUAGUUAACACUAUAGUCCAAGCUGCCAACAACAACACGCUGCCCUUCAAAAUCUUCACUUAUUCAAUCAUAAUAAAUGGAACAGCAUAUUCAUCAGCUGAAGUCGGCAGCAGGAUGAGCGUGCUGACUGCAUUAGUCUGGGUUGCUGUGUCAGUGCCGUUUAUGUGGCUUGACUGACUAUAAACGCACAUCACAUCAAUUUUACCAGCUGUGUGACAGGAAAGGAUACGUGAAACACCUGAGAAACACAAAUCAGACAUGGAGCAAGCAGACGCUGUGUUUAUCCUACAUGAACUGGCCUUAAUAUUAUCAUACCAGUAUAUUGUGUAAUGACUUAUUUACUAUUAUUUAUUCUAAAAAAUAGCAAUCGUAUUGUUAUUAGACUCUAUCUAAAGUAUUUAUUCCUAAAAUUUAAGAGUAUUUCUUAAAAUGUAUCAUAUAUAGUUUCUUUAUAAUGUUCACACAAGUGAACUUUAAGUUUAUUUUGACUCAUCAGCUUCAACAUUAAAGGUGCUGUAAGCAAUUUUGUAACCACUAAAUGAGAACCAUCCUGCUAAUCAACCCUCUGUAGAUCAUUGUAAUCGCAUGAUCUCAAUGUACAAAUCUCACACAACAAAUUGGCACACCUGCUUCCUGUAUAUAGGCACUGCCCUUUGAGCACACAAAAUGAUAAGACAGAAAGCUAUCUGAUAGAAGCAACGUCACAGAGAUACGUGCGAUAUUUACUGGUAUCUGUCUAAUAUAACUAAGCCGUAUGACAGCUUAGUAACUGCUUACAGCACCUUUAAAUGAAACGCAUAAUGUACCAUAUACUUAUUAUGAACAAAGAUUUACCUGUAAAUAUCUUUCCAAACAUCAAAAAUAAAAAGUGAA